GCAGACCAUGCCAAAGAAACAAGCUUCGCUGAGCUGCUCCAGGAUCUGCGACGAGUCAUGGCCACGCAAUCGGGCCAGGGAGUCCACCAAACUGAGGAGGUCGAGGGCGACCGCAACGAGCAUGACCCGGCCACGCCACGGGCGCGAAACAGCUUGGCCUCUCCGUUGGGCCUGCGCCAGAUGUCCCCAGAAGUGGAGGGAGAGGAUGUCCUCGAGGACAAGGAAAACAAGCUGAAUGUCCAGAAUCAGACUUCGGCAAUCGCAAGCAAGGCACUGACGCCCGAAGCGCACGAGGUGGUACGAAAGGUGAUGAAGCAGAUCAACUUCGCUCUGAGCUUCGGAUCUCGCAAGUUGUACGGCCGUCCUAUUCAAGACGCGCGGGGCUUCUUCGAGGCUCUCGACCGGCACGGCAAUGGUGUCCUGGACCGCAAGGACAUCGCGCAGGGCUUCAAGCGGCUGGACAUUGUAUUGCCUCGAACUACGCUCGAGAUGCUGGUCCAGAUGGUCGACCAGGAUGCGAACGGUCUGAUGUCAGUGGAUGAGCUGCUGCAGGCAAUGGAGCGCAGUGAGCCCUUCACCAGCAAGGCCAGCGAAGCCGGCAAUUCCGCACCGAACUCUGCUCGCAAGCGCCCGUGA